AUGUUCCCAAAUCAAGGUCCAUCCAAUCCAGCCUUUCCCCCUGGCUACAACCCUGCGUACCCCUCCGCCCCCAACGCAGGUGCCUUCCCGCAGCCCCCGCGUCAACAGUACCCGCCCGCACAGUAUCCAGCAGGCGUCAACCCAAUGAUGCCCACCGUCCCUCCGGGUGCAAUGCCCUACCCGGGGGUUCCAGGACCACACGCUUACCCCGUGGCCCCCGGCGGCUAUCCGGUAGCCCCUGUGGGAGGUGUCCACCCCACUGCGUACCCACGCUCCCCGAAGGGCCACCACCACAAAAAAAAGGGCCAUCAUAACAAGGGUCAUCAUCACCACGGGGGUGUCAACUCCCUUAAUCCCUUGAUGGGGGCAGUAGGUGGGGGCUUGGCUGGCAUGGGUUUGGCUGGCAUGGGAAUGAUGGGACACAAAGGUCACAAGAAGUUAAAGAAGCUGAAGAAAGGGCACAAAACGCACGGGCACCACAAACAUGGAGGCAAGUCUUCCAGUAGUAGCAGCAGCAGCAGUAGCAGCAGUGACUCCGACUGA